AUGAAUAUCCGCUGUGCUAAACCUGAUGAUUUGAUGAGUAUGCAGCACUGCAACUUGCUCUGCCUACCUGAAAAUUACCAAAUGAAAUAUUACUUUUAUCAUGGGCUCACCUGGCCGCAGCUUAGUUAUGUAGCUGAAGAUGAUAAAGGUAAUAUUGUAGGAUAUGUGCUGGCCAAAAUGGAGGAACCUGAACCUGGUGAAGAAAGUAAACAUGGCCAUAUUACAUCAUUGGCCGUGAAAAGAUCAUACCGUCGACUGGGAUUAGCACAAAAGCUGAUGAAUCAAGCCUCGCAAGCCAUGGUAGAGUGUUUCGAUGCGCAAUACGUAUCUUUGCAUGUGCGUAAAAGCAACCGCGCCGCUCUCAAUCUAUACACAGAUUCGUUGAAAUUUAAGAUAAUUGAAAUCGAACCGAAAUAUUAUGCUGAUGGCGAAGACGCAUAUGCGAUGCGUCGUGAUCUGAGUGAAUUUUCAAAAAAGGAAAAUUCUGAGGAGUCGGCACAUGAUUCGAAAGCUAUUACAGCGGACGGUGGCGAAAAAGACAAGAUCAACUAUAGGCAAGCAAUAUCGCAUGAUCACAGCGGUCAUGAUGGACAUUGUUGUUAAAUCAACGGGAUGUUAGAAUUUAAGGUGCUCGUAUGCAAUUUGGGUAUAAUUUUGUAUUUAUAUAUUUUUCGGAAAUUUUAAUAUCUCUAAAUAAAUUUGUAUAAUCCUCUUGGAUUUAUAAAUAUAAAAUAUGAUUAAUAUGAAAUGUA